UGCGGUGGCGCAUGAGAAAACGUAUUUGACGUUGAUGGCAAUGAGACAGGGGGAGAAGGAGUCCUUGAGGAAGUAUGUUGCUCGAUAUAAUCAGACGUGUUUGGAGGUGCACUCGGCCUCAGAUGAGGUGAAGGCGGGAGGACUGAUAAGAAGUCUUCGAGUAGGGCCUUGUCGAACUUCCCUGGCAAAGACCCCUGCUCGAUCAUAUGAGGAGGUCUUGAAGCGUUGCAGGAAGUAUAUUAAUUUGGAGGAAAUAGAGUUAGAGUUCGCAAAGUUGGAAGGAUCGGCUCGACCAGAGCCAAAGAAGGAGCAAAGCCCACCAAGAGGGAGGUCGCUGAGGAGGAGUUUGCCCAAGAGAAAUGGGUCAAAGAAGAUAUCACCCAGGAGGGAAGGUCGAGAUUCGAAGCGAGAGAAGAGGGACGAUAGGCGGCAGGGAAGGCCAUUGUUAUUCGAAAGACAUAGUUACCAUAAUUUUACACCCUUGAAGAAAGAUUUGACUGAGGUGCUCGAAGCUAUAGAGCAGAAGAUGUCGACCGAGGAUGUGACGUGGCCAAAGACAAGGUUCACAGGACCGAGUCAACCCAGAUCGGAUAUAUAUUGUCGAUUUCACCGAGAUUACGGCCAUACCACGGAGAAUUGCAGGCAUUUGAAGGAUGAGAUUGAAAGGUUGAUCCGAGCAGGACAUUUGAAAGAGUUUGUGUAUCAUGAUAGGGCGAAGGAAAAAGGAAGGAGAAGGUGUCGGGAUAAUUCGGAGGAAAGGAGUGAUAGGGAUGAAGAAGGAGAUGACGGAGAGGGCCGAGGUGGUCGAGGAAAAAAUCCAAGAAGAGAUAGAGAUAAAGGGGGACAGGGAGGAGAAGCCCCGAUGAAGAGAGGGACAAUUUACAUGAUUUCCAGAGGGCCAACGGAUGGUGACUCGAAUAGGGCCUUGAAGGAGCAUGCUCGAGCUGUGAAGAGGAAAAGAGAGGAGGUGGGGAUUACGGCUCGUAUGCCGGUGAUAAGUUUUAAUGCGGAGGAUGCCGAGGGAGUGAUCUUACCGCACAACGAUGCUUUGGUGAUAACCGCGGAGGUUGCAGGCUUUGACGUGAAGAGGGUGUUUAUUAAUACCGUGAGUUCGGUAGACGUGAUGUUCUAUGACUGUUUUGUGCAAAUUAAUAAGGAGUUGAAUAUGGAGUUGAAACCGGUGACCAAGACACUUUAUGGUUUUAAUGGAGGAGAGGUGAUGUCGAUGGGCGAGAUAAACUUGCCAGUGGCAUGUAGAGUAGGAGAGCUGAGGAAGGUGCGCAUGGUGAGGUUUGUGGUCGUAGGAGCUGAAUCAUCUUAUAACAUCAUUAUGGGGCGGACAAGCUUGAAUGCGUUCCAGGCGGUCGUAUCCACGUACCACAUGACGAUCAAGUAUCCUGUGGGCGAAAACGUAGGGGAGAUUGCCAGGGAUCAACUCACUUCGAGGAGCUGCUACCAAACAACGGUGAGCAACAACAAGCAACUGGCGAUGAGGCAGGCAAAAUCGAAGGAGGAGGAGAUUAGUCGACCAG